GGUGCCCCCAUCCCCAACCCCAUCCCCAUCCCCGUCCCCAUCCCCGUCCCCAUCCCCGUCCCCUGCCCGGCGCUGUCCCGGCGCUAUCCCCGGGUGUCCCGGCGCUGUCCCGGCCGUGUCCCCGGCCGCCCCCAGGGUGUCCCCGUGUCCCCGGGCCAUGUCCCCGCGGGCGGUGCGUGUGCUGCGGCUGGGCGCGGUGCCGUACGCGGAGGCGCUGCGGGUGCAGGAGCGCUGCGUGGCGGCGGCGCGGGCGGCGCGGGGCGGCGCGGGGCAGCCGCUUCCGGCGGCGGCGGAGAGCGUGGUGCUGAGCGAGCCGGCGCAGCCCGUGUACACCUGGGGGCUGCGGGGCGCGCCGGGCGCGGCGGCGGCGGCGGCGCUGCGGGCGCGGGGCGCGGCGCUGGUGGCGGCGCGGCGCGGCGGGCACAUCACCUUCCACGGGCCCGGGCAGCUGCUCGCCUUCCCCGUGCUCGACCUGCGCCGCCGCCGCCUGCCCCUGCGCGCCUACGUGGCCGGGCUGGAGGCGCUGGUGCUGCGGCUGUGCCGCCGCCUGGGGCUGGGCACGGCCCGGGCGCUGCCGCCGCCCUACACCGGGGUCUGGAUGGGCGACAGCAAACUCUGUGCCAUCGUGUUGUCGGUGGGUUUCCCCUGGCAGAAGGGAGCACAGCGCGGCGAGGGAGGAUGUUUUCAGUGGCCUGGGCAGCGCGGUCACUGCGGUGAUGGAGCUGAUGGGACGUGCUCUGGGCCCCGCAGGUGUGCACUGCGGGAGCCACAUCACCUCGCACGGGCUGGCGCUCAACUGCUGCACCGACCUCUCGUGGUUCGAGCACAUCGUGCCCUGCGGCCUGGAGGGCACGGGCGUCACCUCGCUCAGCCGCGAGCUGGGACAGCACGUCGCCGUCAGCCACGUCCUCGAGCCCUUCCUCGACUCCUUCCAGGAGGUGUUCGAGUGCACUUUGGUCUCCUCGGAGGACGCCGGGGAUUAGGAUCCUUGUGCUGCCUUGGCCGGGUGUUUUGGUGCCAGGGCAGCCCCGGGUCUCUGUUGUGAGACGAGUUCUGGUGCCUUUGCCUGGGGACUGUGAAUGGACUGUGGCACAGGGUUUCAGGCUGCUGCUUGGCCAUCCAAACCUGCCCUGUGGGUCUCCAUCCCUGGUGAGACCUCUGUGGGUGCCACUGACCGUCCAAACCUGACCUGGGGCUGUUCUCUGCAGCCCCGAGUCUCCAUCCCUCACGGAGACCUCUGUGGGUACCACAGUCACUUGCUGGAGAAGUGCCCAAACACGUGCUUUUGUGGGGUUUUUUCCCUGCCUUUUGCCCCACAGAAAUUAAAGAUUUGUGUGAAUGCUCACAAAUUCACAUGAAUGGAUUCACGUGGGUCAUCCUUUACCCUGCUGGGUAAAAAGGCAGAUUUUAUACAUAAAGAGAGUU